AUCUGCCUUCAUCCUGUUUAGUGUGUGUGUGUGUGUGUGUGUGUGUGUGUGUUUGUGUGAGGGGGUGAAAAAAAAGGGGGCAGGCUCUUCAUGAGAAACAGAAAGUGUGUGGACCACACAGAGUCUACACCGUUCAUUCCACCUCUUUUACACACGUUCAGCGGUCUUAUUGAAUCGAUUUUUUUUUUUCCUGAGCUCACGGAACCACAAGAGAAGGCAUGGCCCACCAACAGCAGUUUGUCGUCCAGCAGCAGCCGGCCCAGGUGGUGACGGUGAUGACACAAGCACAAAGCCCCGGGACGUGGAGCACCGGCAUGUGUGAUUGCUGCAGUGAUAUGGGCACCUGCUGCUGCGGUCUUUUCUGCUUCCCCUGCAUGCAGUGUCAGACGGCCUCUGACUACGGCUGGUGCUGCUGCAUGCCGUUGCUGGACUUCUGCUGCGUGGUGUCCUGCAUCCUCCGCGGGAACAUCAGAGAGCGUCACGGCAUCCCUGGCUCGUGCUGCGACGACUGCUGCAAGAUCUAUUGGUGUUACCCGUGCGUCUGGUGCCAGAUGAACCGCGAGCUGAAGAUCAGGAAGAACCAGCCACACGGCGCCUCAGUGGUCACCACUCAGGUCAUCAGGGGUUAGGAGGCAACCCUUUGUGGCAUAUGACAUGAUUACCAAAUAUAGUUUAUAGUCUGUAGUCCAUAUAGUCGACUACUAGUACAUUUCUAUUGGUGUUAUACUUACAAAAAUAUACAAGGAAAGAUUUAUUCUCAUUGUACUGUGAUCAGUAUAAGGUUGAAGGAAAUAUGUGGUAAACAUGCCAAACUUUCCACAGUUAUGACUGACAGUCUUUACAUUUUAUAGUUGUUCUCUGUCCUCAGUGUAUAGAUUUGCUUUCCAAAGGCUUAGUUUCACUUGUUAAAGCCAGUUGUUUUGAGCAGAUUUUAACACGUUUGAUUUUAUAAUACAGUGUAACAUCAGGUCAACUUUUUGUCCGAUCUUUGAUUCACUCUUUCAAAUAAAAUGUUGACAUUUCAGUCAACAAACUAGUCUCAAAA